UGCGCUGAUGUUGUCUUCCGUUCCGCGCCUGCAGCUGCGGUGCUUCUUCUCUCUUCCUGCUGGCAGGGCAUCAUAUUUGUUCUACACAGAGCUGCCGCGUUUCCCAUGAGAGUUUGGCUUUGCAUGCACAGAUGUCUACCAAGCCAGCUCUCCUCCGGCAGAGUUAUUGUAUAAAGGAAGGCGGACGUUAGCGCUGCUUUCGCCGGAAACAGUCGUGUAAAAUCGCAUCCUCUGGAUUGCCUUGGAUGCUGUAAUGUCAAGAUGCUUGGAUUACAAGGAAACACAUCCUCCUCAAAGGUGUAUCGCUGUGUGGCAUGUUCUGCAACAUUCACUGGAUUGGCGUCUUUGCUCGUUCACCAGGCGACACAUGCUGGCACGCUAACCAAGGUCGCAACCCCCCCUCCAACACAGCCCCAUAGUGGCCUGAAUGAAAUGCUGCUUUCAAGUAAGGACUUAUCCACUGAAGACUCCAGUCCACCAGCUGUCUUGCCUGAAAGCCCUUCACCUUCCUUUUAUAUUUGUGAUUGUGGUGAGGAAUUUCAUGAAUUUAACCUCUUGUUAGAGCAUAAGCGUUCACAUGUCUCUCAACAACAAUUAAUGCAGCCCUUGGAUAAUGAUGAUAUUCUCUCUGGCGAAAUAGGGGCUGAUAAUGCUUUUUCCGCCACACGGAGUGUGUCAUUCAUUCAAACUAUAACCCAGCCAAGCUUAGUCCUCAGUCCCCCCUCUACCUCAAGGUCUCCAGCUGGUGAGCUGUCCACAUUAACACACACUGCAGCAGAUGAAAGCCUUGAGGAUGACAUUGCUAUAGUUACCAGUCCUCGAGGCCAGUGCACACCACCUCAAGAUGGCAGUGAGAAACAACUCGAAACGUCAGGAGAAGCGCAAAUGCCAGACACAGUCAAGGACAUAUAUUUUAAAGACACAACAAAUUCUGGCCUCAGCAGGAAAAUGUCUGACAAUUUGCCCAAAAAUAACUCCAUAAUGAAGAUACUGGCAUCAGCGUACAUGAGGCGCUUUACAUCUCCUCAGUCUGAGAAUCAGAACAAUGAUGCAGUCACACCCAAACGGCAAGUUGUCCCACCUGGUUUAACACCAGGAGGAAAGGCUGACGUGUCACCAGUCAGUGAUCUUUCAAUUGCACAGUUAAGGCGGCUUCUUUCUAAACCUGGUAUAAAGACAAAAGCUCCAUCCAUUAGCAGAGUUCUUGAAUCCAGUAAGAAGAGGAUUGUUUCACUUACUAUAAUGUUCUCUCCGGUUGUGCUUCUUGAAACCCGUCAAAAACUUAUGAAUCCUGGCAGAGAUAGUACGUAUGGGAGAUACCAAUGUACCCGUUGUCGCCGGGUCUUCCAGAACUUAGACAGACUGACAGAGCAUCAUGUCUUGCACAAAAAAGAGAGGAUUAAAUGUUGUCGUCGCUGCAAACACCUGAUCAUUGGGAAGCUGCCACUUCCUGACAAUCAUGUAUGCCCUCAGUCAGGAGGUAAGGCCAGAGCAUCAUCAAGCCCUUUUAAAAAUAACUCAACCAUUCCCCAGAAAAUAGUGCCAUUUCAUAGUAUAAACAAUGCAAAAAAAGUUUUCUUUUGUCCAAUAUGCAAGCACAGUUAUGCCCGGAGAUAUAACCUAAAAACGCACAAGUGUCAGGGCCCAGUGGCAGCCCUAUCUAAGCCGACCACUCCUUUCACUCAAAAGAUUUUUACUUUGAGAUCAAACAAUACAGCCAAAAGAGAUUCAGAGAUUAAAGAUGAAUCUGACAUUACCAAGACUAUUGGUGUGGGCACUGAACUUGCUGGUCAUAUCAAAGUGGAGGACACAUCCUCAAAUUCAGAGUCUGCAGUUUCAAAGCUGGCCUGGACCCCUGCAGCUAAAACCUUCGCACCAUUCUAUUCCCAAACAUCCACCAUGGAGCAGCAGAAUGAUGCCUCUCUGAGUGGGAGCUCACUAUUGCAAGAAGAGGAAAGCAAUAGCUGGGAUGCAGCAACAGAGCAAGGGGAAAACAGUAAUGAAGGGCAGUGGACAAUCCCCUUGGAUGAUGACAUGCAAGCGUUUACUUCUGCAGAAGGAGCUUUUAAUUUUCGAGAGGUUAACAAACCUGUGUCAGUCAAUAAUGCAGGGACAGCACCAACUAGCCUGCGCUAUUUUUUCAGUGAUGGUGUAAAACGUUACCCAUGUAACAAGUGUCAGAAAACAUAUAGUCGGCCAUCUACUUUAAGGCGGCAUCUGCGUCUCUGUGGGUUUAGACCACGAGUACUAGGAACUGUUGCACAGAAUGCUAGUGCCAUUGCACUGAAUCCCAAUACUAUGAAACCAAUGUUUUCCUGCUUUGUCUGUGGAAGGCACUUUAACCGCAAAGAUAACAUGAUGGUUCACAGACGAAAAUGUCAGCUGCGACGAACAAUGCCAGCAAAUGUAGAUGGAGGUGCUUUACCGAGUUUGCCAGGAAAUUCUUCAGACUGUCAAACUCCAAAGGAUGAUGGAGGCAACUGGGGCAUCAUGUCACUGCCCUCUGUACUUCCAAGAAGGGUGACAUGUGAAUGUGGGGUUGGGUUUACAUCUCCAAGGCUGCUCCUAGAACAUCUACAGAAACAUGCACAGGAAUCCUAUACAUGUCCAACUUGUGGUGAGACCGUUAAUUCUUGGGCAGACUAUGAAGUUCAUCUACAGAUUCACAUGCAUCCACAUCACCAGCUGCUGAAAGGAUUACAACCGCAACGGUCACAACCCUUAUUACUGCGAUUUCAGCAACAGCCCCCUCCUCCACAGCCAGCGCAUCAGCCUCCACAGAAGCAUCAGCCUCCACAGAAGCAGCCACCUGCAGAGCACCCUCCAAAUCCAGGAAAAAAGCAGCAGCGGAUCGUGUGCGUAAAAUGUGGCAACACAUUUGCUACCCGUUGUUCCCUCCGAAGGCACAUAUCCUUGAAUAGAUGCAAAGGCGCACGGGUGUCAAAUCCAACCAAUCCAGCCAAAACUUACCACUGUUCUCACUGCAAUUCUGAUUUCCCAAACACAAUUAGUCUUAUGUUUCAUCAGAGGAGUGGAGCUUGCAAGCCCACCAUCAAGCCUGUGCGUUGCCCUUCGUGUUUUCGCUGGUUUGGCACUGUGGAAGGUUUGCAGAAACAUCUGCUUACUCACAAACAAUCAAACAAUGAGUCCUAUCGCUGUGAUGUCUGUCAAGGUACCUACCAUAGCUUAAAGUCUCUCAAAAACCACCGCAGGAGGAUUCAUCGCAUCAUGGCUGGAAACACUAUGCCAAAAACACAAGAACAACUGACUUCUUAAUCACAGUUCAGUCCAGUAAAUAUUGCCAGUAAAUAUAACAUGGCAAUAUAACUUUUUAAUUUUUACAGUUGUACAUUUAUUGUUUUACACUCAUUAAUUUGAAAUUGUACAGUCAUGGGCAUUUUGGGGGGCUCAAGUGUGUCAUUACAGCUUGCCACUGUAAAAAAUAAAAAAAUUUAAAAAAUAAAAGAAUUUCAUAACCUGUAUAUUUUA